GCCCCCGGGCUCCGCCAUGAGCGACGGGCAGCGGCUGCCCGACAAUGCGGCGGCCUGGCUGGCGUGCGCCGGCGCGGCGCUGCUCGCCAACGCCUGGGGCAUCCUCAGCGUCGGCGCCAAGCAGAAGAAGUGGAAGCCGCUGGAGUUCCUGCUGUGCGCGCUGGCGGGGACGCACAUCCUCAACGUCGCCGUGCCCGUCGCCACGUACGCGGUGGUGCAGCUGCGGCGCCGGCACUCCGGCUACGAGUGGAACGAGGGGCUCUGCAAGGUCUUCGUCUCCACUUUCUACACCCUCACCCUCAUCACCUGCUUCUCCGUCACCUCCCUCUCCUACCACCGCAUGUGGAUGGUGCGCUGGCCGGUCAACUACAGGCUCAGCAACGCCCGGAAGCAGGCCAUCCACACGGUGAUGGGCACCUGGAUGGUCUCCUUCAUCCUCUCCACGCUGCCCGCAGUGGGGUGGCACGACACCACCGAGCGCUUCUACGCCCGCGACUGCCGCUUCAUCGUGACCGAGAUCGGCCUGGGCUUCGGCGUGUGCUUCCUGCUCCUCAUCGGCGGCAGCAUGGCCAUGGGCGCCGCCUGCGCCGCCAUCGCCCUCUUCCAGACCGUCUCCGGCCAGCUGGGCACCGGCAGGAACCGCCUCAGCGUGCCCACCAUCGUGGUGGAGGACGCCCAGGGCAAGCGGCGCUCCUCCAUCGACGGCUCCGAGCCCGCCAAGACCUCCCUGCAGAUCACCUGCCUCGUCACCGGCAUCGUCCUCAUCUACGACACGCUCACAGGCCUCCCGGUGCUGGUGGUGAGCUUCGCCAGCCUGCGCUCGGGCGCCUCCGACGACUGGAUGGUGCUGUGCGUCAUCUGGUGCUCGGUGCUGCAGUCCCUGCUGCUGCCCCUCUUCCUGUGGGGCUGCGACCGCUACCGCGCCGACCCACGGGCCGUCUGCGAGAAGUGCCGGGCCCUCCUGUCCGACAGCGACAGCGACGCAGACGGCAGCCUGGAUGGGGCCGUCCCCGGCGAGCCGCCGUGCGAGCGCCCCUUCGAGCCCGGCACCGAGGUGCUGCCGCUGGAGCACGGGCUCUCGGCGCUGGAGCGGGGCCCGCGCCAGGCAGGCACCCCUGAGCCGGACCCGGAGGAGGGGAUGCAGUAUCUGCAGGUGCCCCCGCUGCGGCGCUACUCGCACGACGAGACGGACAUCUGGACCAGCAGCCAGAUCGCGGCCUAUCUGCAGCGCUGGGGGCCGGGCGAGGAGGCGGCCGGCCUGGCGCGCCUCCUGGCCCCGCGGCGCGACCGCCGCCGCCUCCUGCCCGGCCCCGACGAGCGCCUCUCGUACCACCGGCGCUCCGCCGAGAGCCUGGCCUCCCUGCGGCGGCCCUGCGGCGAGGCCGGCGCGUGGGGCGCGGGCUCGGCGGCCCCGCUGCCCGCGCAGCGCCAGGCCGCCCUGCUCGCCGCCUUCCCCCUGACCGCCUUCGAGCGGGAGCCGCGGGGGCGGCGGCGCGCAGCCGCGCCGGGCCCCGCGGGCCCCCUGGCCGUCCCGGGGCCGCGGCUGGCCCCCGAGGACGCCGCGCGGCUCUCGGCGGCGGCGCCGGGGCUCGGCGAGGGCCGGGGCAGCACCAGCAGCUCCCUCAGCUCGGCCUCGGCCUCGCCCUCGGCCGCCUCCUCGGGCUACGCGACGUGCGGCUCGGGCUCGGCCGGCUCGGCCGCCUAG